AUGAUGCAUCUGAAGACCCUCGUCCUAGCCCUAGCGGCAAGCGCCGCAGCGUUUCCACAGCUCAACACCCCAAAUACUCACAAGAACGUGCGGCAAACCAAUGAAACUGACACUGGUAGACUCGUAUUCUGUCAUUUCAUGGUUGGCAUUUCAGGUAACCGCCAAAGCGCCUCCGACUAUGACGCCGACAUGCAGCAAGCAAAAGACCUCGGAAUUGACGCAUUCGCACUGAAUAUCGGCAUGGACGAGUCCACCGACGCCCAGCUAGGCUAUGCCUACGAGUCCGCCGCAAAUAACGACAUGAAGGUCUUCAUCUCGUUCGACUUCAACUGGUACACAACCGACCAGGCAGCGGCCGUCGGGUCCAAGAUCGCAGAGUACGCGGACAAGCCGGCACAGCUGAAGGUUGAUAACAAGGUAUUCGUCUCUUCGUUUGCUGGGGAUGGCGUCGACGUGGCGACGAUCAAGUCUAGUGCUGGCACGGACAUCUUCUGGGCGCCGAACUACGAACCCGGCAACGGAGACUUUAAUGAUGUGGACAGCGCUCUGAAUUGGAUGGCUUGGGAUAAUGAUGGCAACAACAAGGCACCGAAGGAGGGAGCCAAUGUGACUGUUGCGGAUGGGGACCAGGCGUAUACAGAUGCCCUGGGAGAGAAGCCCUACCUUGCCCCUGCAUCUGGCUGGUUCUACACACACUUCGGAGGCGAGGUGUCGUAUAGCAAGAACUGGGUGUUCCCUGGCGACCUGCUGUGGUACAAUCGCUGGCGAGAGAUACUGGAGCUGGGUCCCCGGUUUGUGGAAAUCAUCACUUGGAACGACUAUGGCGAGUCGCACUACAUCGGGCCUCUGUCGUCGCCUCACACCGAUGAUGGAGCUUCGAAGUGGGUAAUGGAUAUGCCGCACGGUGGCUGGCUGGAGAUGUCCCGUCCUUUCAUCGCCGCGUACAAAGCAGGCCAGACAUCGCCCGACGAGUAUAUCCAGGAUGAGAAGCUGAUUUACUGGUACCGGCCCACGCCCAAGGACGUCGAGUGCGACGCAACCGACACCACGAUGGGUGGAAACCCUGACAACUCGACAGGGAACUUCUUCCGCGGCCGACCCGAUGGAUACGAUGUCAUGCAGGAUGAGGUCUUCGUCGUCUCGCUGCUCAAAUCACCUGCUACAAUCCAGGUCACAUCCGGCGACAAUGAGGAGAGCUUCGAGGCAGAAGCCGGAGCGGGCGCCUUUGCUGCGAAGAUGGGCGUUGGGAAGCAGACUUUCUCGAUUGUCCGCAAUGGCGAGACAGUUUCGUCUGACACCAGCUUGAAGGACAUCGUGGGCGAGUGUAUUUGCGGCAUCUACAACUUCAAUGCGUACGUUGGGGUUGUACCGCCUGAGUCGACUGUUGACCAGCUUGACUCGACGGGGCUUGAGUUGCUGUCGGAGGGAUUGAAGGCCCCCUGUCCGACUAAUACCUUGGGAGGUGGCUCAGGCGGUUCUUCUGCUGCUCCUACUCAGACUGGUUCCAGUACUCCCACUCCUACUUCCCCGGCAUAUCUAUAA